GCGGGCGAGCGCACAGGCCUCCCUCGCUCCACCCAUGCGGACCCGACAAAGCCGAAGAAGCCGAUGCCCACGGGCAGGAACACGGCUCUGACGGACAUCAUCGCGAUGGACUGUGAGAUGGUAGGCGUGGGCGAGGACGGCAGGCGCAGCAUCCUCGCGCGCGUCUCCGUCGUCAACGAGGAUGGCAACGUCGUGCUGGACACGUUCGUCGCGCCAACCGAACCCGUCACCGACUACCGCACCAGGGUGUCCGGCGUGCGGCCCCAGGACCUGAGGGGGGCGCCGCCGUUCAAGGAGAUCCAACGCAAGAUGGCGGACAUACUGAAAGGACGCACCCUCGUGGGACACGCGCUCAAGAACGACCUGAGGGUGUUGCUCCUCGACCACCCGAGGCGGCAGACUCGCGACACCGCGCUGUACCGACCGCUGACGCGUCCGCUGCGAGCCAACGAGCGCGCGCAGGACACCGGGAUCGCGCGCGGUCGGGGGAGCAGGUCGCUGAAAGAGCUUUGCGCGCAGCACCUCGGGCUGGAGAUCCAGGGCGGCGAGCACAGCUCCGUGGACGACGCGAGAGCGGCGCUGCUCCUCUACCAGAAGAACCAGCGGAACUGGGAGAGGGAGUUUGCGGCGGCGCAGCAGGUUGGCGGCAAGGGCGGCGCGGGUGGGAAAGGAAAGGGAUCCGCCGGGGUUGGGUCCAAGGGUGCGUUAAAGAGCGACGAUGACGGCGAGGAGCGACCGACGAAGCGCGGCAAGAAGGCCAAGAAGAAGGGCGGAGGCGACGAGGUGGGCUCGGCUGGGGGGUUGAAGCUGGGCAAGGUUGUGAAUCUGUUCGCUCGAUAA